UCUUAUUAAAUACACAGUCAUGAACGGAGAACGAAUAUAUGAUCUAUGUAUUGUUGGAGCAGGUUUGAUAGGGUCUGCAGCUGCAAGUCAUGCGUCGAAAUGGGGAAGCGUUUGUUUGGUUGGACCAGAAGAACCAAAGAGUAGAAAUGUGAAUGAUAAAAGAGAUAUAUAUGGCUGCCAUUAUGACGAGGGAAGAAUAACGCGAUGUACAGACCCAGAUCCAGUGUGGGCUAUGCUGGCACAGAAAUCAAUUGCUAGAUAUAGACAACUAGAAACAGACACAGGAAUUCCCUUUUAUGAUGAAAUUGGAUGUUUAAUGAUAGGAGAAAAGGAUUCCAAAUUUCUGAACCAAGUAACAGAUGUAGUGAAGACACAGAAAAUGGAUGCCACGUACUUAACAAAUGAAGCCUUGAAAGAAAAAUUUCCCUUUCUACAUGUUUCUAUAUCAGACGAUGCAGUUUAUGAAUUUAAAGACGCUGGGAAUAUUAGUCCUCGAAGUUUAAUUAGUGCCCAGAUCACUAAAGCAAUAUCUCAAGGUUGUCAUCUUUUACCAGAGGUAGCUAAUCGCGUGAGGCGCAUUGAAAGAAACGGUGAAUAUGUUAUGUGUAUAUCAACGGAAGCUUCACAGAUUUUGGCGAAAAAAGUUUUAUUAGCAACCGGUGCAUUCACCGGGUUUAGAGAACUUCUCCCAGAUGAAUUACAAUUAGAUGUUAACCUUUGUCCUUUGACUGUUGCAAAGGUUGAAAUACCAGAAUCGGACGUGGAAAGAAUAAGGAAAAUGCCAAGUGUCUUAUAUUCUGGUAAAGGAGCAAAUGAUUGGACCAAAAUAUUCCCUCGUUCUGAGAAUGAUCAUAUAAGUUGGUAUAUGCUACCCGCAGUGAAAUAUCCAGAUGGUAAAUAUUAUAUCAAGUUGGGACACUUUCACCAUACAAGUUUUAAACGCUUUACCACCAGCAAGGAAGUGAAAGAAUGGUUUUGUCGCGGAGGAGAUACAAGAUUAGUGAACGCUACAGCUGAGCUGAUACAAAAUGUUGUAAAGGGUGUUAAUCUGGACAGAUACCAUGGUGAUUGGUGUGUUAUAACUGAGACCCUAACAGGAAGACCAUACAUUGAUACAAUACACUCUCAGCUUGGGGUAUCUAUUGGAGGAAAUGGUUACGCAGCAAAAUCUAGUGAUGAAAUAGGAAGAAUCGCAGCAACUAUGAUGAUGAAAAACAAAUGGGAUUCUACCAUACCCAAAAAUGUUUUUCAAGUAAAGUUCAAAAGAGAGUCAUGUAAAUUAUAAUGUGAACUGUCUCUAUACGGUUUUAAUGAUGUAUUGAAAUGUGCUUAAAUGUUAUUCUUAUAAAUCGAAAAUUAUACUAUCAAAAAUACUAUUUUUGUUUUUGAUCUUAGCAGUAGAGGCAGGAAACAAUAUCUAAGUAUUAAAAUGUCUUAACUCAUCGACUACUGCCUUCAGGUAAGAAGAAAAUAUCAUUUACAAUAAUAUGUAGCAUACAUGUUCAUAAACAUUUGCUUUAUACGGUAAACAAGAAGAAAGAUAUUGCUGCUCUUCCUUAAUAGCUGAACUAAUAUAACUCAUUUCCAAACAAACAUAACACAUCUGGAUGAAAACUUUCUUCGUUCGUCGCAUAAUAUCGGUUUUGACCAAGAAUACUACCAGCAAACUACAAAGCCUACCAGAACACCUUAUCUUUUAUUUUGUACUUAAUCUAAAAUUUGUAUUUUGUAAUGCUUUUUGUAAGUCGUUUGUUUAAUUCAUUUUUUUUUUAUUUUGACAAUGAUAGACUUUCCUUUGAUAAACAUCAUCUGUCUAAAAAUCUACAUGUAUCUUCGUUAAACUGUUAUCAAUCAAUCAAUUAUUCAUGUAUCCUCACUUUUUCAUACAAACUUCCGAUUACUGCAAAUCCUAUUACAAUAAAAAUCUUAGGUUACCGUGCACUUCGCUACCCAGUAAUAACAUAUAAUUUUUAAACAAAUCAUGUCGAGUUAAUUCCAAGAAAACUCAAUUUAAAGUGACAAAAACGUAUAAUAUAUAUAUCAUUUUGUCGAUAUUCAAAUGAAAUUCAAUAAGUUCUAAAUGCAUAUGUGAAGAAAUUGUCACGGUGCGACAUAAUAUACUGCUUUAAUUUCUGUGGCUAUAUAAUAAACGUGCAAUGAUGAAUGCUUAUUUGCAUGACAUUUGUUGUAGAUGUGUUGAUUAGAUAAAAUUAUUAUUGGUGUCUUAAAAAGGCAUUAGCUGUCAAAUUCAUGUUCACCGAUUUGACUCAAAUUCUUAUAUUCGACUUAUAACAUACUAAAAUGCAUAUCCCAACUAUAAAAAGUCUAAAAUAAACAAUUUACGGUACAUAGACUCGAUAGUAUGUAUCAGCUUUUCGUGUGUAUUUUAGUCUAGACGCCAUCUAAUUAACCAUCGAGGUGACCUCCGAAGACUGCCGACGGUCAUAUAACCCGAUAUAAACACAACCAUAGAUAUAAAUAGAUUGCUAACUCGUGCAAUUGGAUUUUGCUAGGUCUGUUUGAUUUCAUGCUAUUAAAAACUAUGGUAAUCAUGGUUUUUACCUGUAUAAGAAUAAGUUUUUCUAGAUCGAAUCAGUCAACUAAAUGGUUAACCCUUGUUUCACUUCCAAUGUUAACAUUCUUUUCCGUUUGAUAACUGAACACGCCCUAGAUCAUGCGUAACCCACCUCUAGCUAGAGGGAUCAAUUAAAGUUCACAUGCAUAUGGAUUCAAUGAGGUCAAAUUAUUCAGAAUAAUUCAUUAAAGAUGUUUCUUUGCUUAUUUUGACAAAACUGAACCAAACUGGCUGUUAAAAGCGAAUUAUUAUUUCACUAUUUCACUUUCAUUAAUGAUUGAACAAAAUAAAAUCAUAUGUUUUUUUUAUAUCUCGUAGCUAAUGCCCCUUUAAUGGUAUUUAGAUACAAUUGUUUAUCGUUCUUAUUUAGGAUUCAUCUGACAUCGCUUACAUCUUUCUUUUCAUUUUAUUCAUAAAUUUUUGUAACCAAAUCAUUGUAAUCAUAGUAAUCAUUUGUACCAAAUUUAACUUGAUUGUUCUGCCUGUAAUGGUAGUCUUUAAUUGACAAUAAGAUAUUGAACUUUAACAACACCCCUAAUUGCUACGGUACUCUGUAUAUAGUAAUAAAUAUAUAAUUCAAUAAGAUGGACUCGCUCAUGAUUAAAACACCCCUUGUUACUAGGCAUCACAGAGUAAUGAAAUGAUUUAAUCUCAUCAAGGAGUAUAUCAGCAAAAAGUAAAAUAACAAAAAUACCGAACUCCAAGGAAAAUUCAAAACGUAGAGUCCCUUAUCAAAUGGCAAAAUCAAAUGCUCAAACACAUCAAACUAAUAGAAAACAACUGUCAUACUCCUGACUUGGUACAAGCAUUUCCUUAUGUAGAAAAUAAUGGAUUAAAGCUGGUUUUAUAGCUAGCUAAACCUCUCACUUGUAUGACAGUCGCAUAAAAUUCCAUUAUAUUGACAACAAUGUGUGAACAAAAUAAACAGACAUAAUAUGCAAAAUUGGGGUAUAGUAGUCAGCAUUGUGUUAUAAUUUUAAUCACUAUAAAAGAAACAACUAUGUCAACAAAGAAAAACAAAAUGACAAAUAGACAAAGCACAUAAGCAGAAAUGAAAGACAAGAAUACAAAAAAAAUACCACAGCUCAAUAAUACAAUGGCGGGAUGUAUAUGUUAACGGCAAUAAGUGAAAUUAGGCAUUAAGCUUAAAUCCUAGGCAAUAAGCUAACGCCUAGGCAGUAAGUCUAUUGCCUAAAUAAUGUUAGGCAUUACUCUUAAAUCCUGAAAAUUAUGUCCAGGCAUUAAUGCUAAUGCCUAAGAUAAA